AUGACCUUUUCUCUGCCCAGCUCGUCUUACGGUUUACCAGCACCAGCCUCCAAGAGCCAAUUCGAAACACGAACAAACCUCGAUUUCUCACCUGACGAUCUCCGAACUUAUAUGAUUGGACACUUGUCUCUAUUCGGCACAAGCGCCAGCAUGAAUUCGCUGUUGUGUAAAACAUACCGGUACGGACACAUAUGCACACUGGAUGGCCCGCGACAUGCAUAUCGCCAAACGCUGUCGCCAAAACUCCGCACACUCUGCAAGGUCUCGUCCUACGCAAUCGCUCGCAUAAGGCGACCGACCAUGGCCACGGGGAAUCCUCCCGAGCUCUCCUUGACUCCCAGACAACGGGUAACCAGCCGCUGCUGCCACGAUUUUCCUUACUUUGGUCACGCCCAGUCCAAAAUUUCAGAAAACUCCCGGCUCCGCGAACAAAAUCCCGUCGCUCUCGGUGAGCGGACGCCGGACGGGAGAGUCUCCCUUCCACUUGUAUCUACCUACACCCGGCUCGUCCAAUGUCACUCCAAGAAGCUUCUCCAACUCCGGCUAUCGUCCCAUAAUCUCCGCACCAUCCAGCUUUCUCAACACCUGGCAUUAUUUCAAGGCUUCUUGCGAUACGACUUUACGAGGAGCUGCAUCCUGCUUGAAAUCCAAUUCCGCCCCUCCAAGGCCGACAGCCCCAGCAACCACGGAUCUGUUGUUUCUACGCGGAAGGCCAACGCCUCUCCCGGUCAUCCAAGGAAACGAUGCAACUGCUUGGUGUCUUCUCGAUUUCGGUUGACAAAGCCGUCUGCCCGGCUGGCGGAGCCUUCACUUACAGCCAACAGGCCUUUGGUCAAGGUAGCGGAAGCUCAAAACGACACAAAACAACACCACUUCCGGAAGAUCAUCGGAGAUUUUGCAACUUCUAUUCCCUGCUGGGGCAUGUGUGUACAUGGUAGCAUCUACAGCUAUCUCAAGGUACCUUCAUCUUUGCUGCUUUCAUCGUGGACGCUGCAGUCAGUACAGCGCGCAUGCCUGCCUGCCUCUUUGAAGCUCAUUUCAAUUCUUUCCGUAACUGCUACGCAGCGCAUCCUCUGA